CCCGGAGGUUCACACGGCUGCAACAGUCGGUGCCUCACUCCUCCAGAAGGAUGAGUUUCCGGGGCAGAAUGUUGCUGGUGGUGGCUGUUGCCGCCACCUGUGCCAUCUCCCUCGCUCAAGACGCCAAUCUUCAGGCAAUAGAAUGCCCUUUCCCAGAGGGACAGGAGGUGGUGUCAGAGGAGGAGUGCGGGAAGUACUCAGCGUGUGAGUGGACGGACGGAGUCUGCCAUGUAGUGGACAACGCCGUUGGUGGCUACGUCGUCCAGGGCCCGCCAGAGGUCACCACCAGAGGCUUCAAGGUUAACCUGAAGAAGGCGGACGACACAGUGACGAUGUUCGGAGACGACGUGACCAACUUGGUGUUUGAGGUCAUCCAGCACGAAGAUUACCACCUCCAGGUCAAGAUCUACGACGCAGACGCGGAGCGCUACGAGGUGCCGGUGCCUCUGAGUCUUCCUGACGCCGCAGACGCCGGCGCCCUCUACACCGUCAACGUCAGCGGGGAAGGCGAACCUUUCGACUUCGUCGUCAGCAGAAAGUCCAACAACAACACUGUGUUCCGCUCGUUGGGGCCCCUGACCUUCGAGGACCAGUUCCUGCAGCUGCACACCUCCCUCGCCUCCACUUACCUGUACGGCUUCGGCGAGAACACCCACCUCUCCUUCAGACACACGUUCGAGCCCCGCUCCACCUUCCCCAUCUUCGCCAGGGACCAGCCAGUGGGCACAGACCCCAUGAACGAGUACGGUCACCACCCAUACUACAUGGUGAUGGAGGACGACGAGGGUAACUCUCACUCCGUCCUUCUCUACAACUCUAACGCCAUGGAGUACUCGACCUUCCUGCUGGAGGAUGGGACGCCGGCGCUCACAUUGAGGACCAUCGGAGGCAUCAUCGACCUGCACAUGUUCCUGGGCCCCCUGCCGGAGGACUUGAUCACGCAGUAUACCUCCGUCAGUAUCACCGCCCCCCACCACUCUCUUUCUCCGUCAAUAUCACCGCUCUCCACCACCCUCUCCCAGCAAUCCCGGAACCACAACACCAACGGGACGCCCGACCAGGACCCCGGGGUGUGGCCGGAGGUCGGGGAGAUCUCUCGCUACACACUCAACAUCCGCUACCAGUACCUGCCCUACCUCUACUACCUCUUCCACAGGGCGCACAUGUUCGGUAAUUCUGUCGUCCGGCCGCUGUUGAACGUCUUCCCCAGCGACCUGGCGGCUCGAGACGUCGACGACCAGUUUAUGUGGGGCGACGGUAAGGUCCUUAUCCAGGGCGCCACCUCCAGGGACGUCUACUUCCCUAAGGGGAUCUGGUACGACCUGGUGACUGGUGUGGCGACGGCCACGGGACCCACGACGCUCACAGUUGAUGCUCCUCUCGAGGUGAUCCCUCUCUAUGUUCCUGGAGGCGCCAUCCUUCCCUACCAGGUGCCUGGCCUCAACACCGUAGAGAGUCGACAAAACCCGCUGGGGCUGACGGUGGCGCUGGACGGGACUCUGGCGGCCUCGGGCGAGAUCUUCUGGGACGACGGUGAAGGAGAACACGACAUGUCGCUGGCUUAUAUGUCCAUGUUGAAUUAUAACCAGAACGAGUUGACCAUGAGCGUCAUGGCCGGAGAGGACAUAGUGGCUGGACUGUUUAUUGACACCAUCAACAUCUACGGCUUCCCUAGUGCCCCGCAGGGCGUCAGUGUCAACGAUAUGGAGCUCCCUGGCGAGGACUGGGAGUACGACGCCUCCACGAGUGUCCUCACUAUCACUACCCACGCCCCUCUCGCAGACCCGCUCAGUGUGUUCAUACUCUAGGACGUCCCCAGCAGCGUCCUCACCAUCAUACCUACGCCCCCAGCAGCGUCCUCACCAUCACACCCACGCCCCCAGCAGCGUUCUCACCAUCAUACCCAC